GUUUUUCUCCCUUUCCUCCCUCCCUUUCCAUGUUCUCAACUUCUCCCUCUCAGGCCACAAGUGUUUGAUUCGCUGUCUCGCCGUGCAUAGUAAUGAGAGAGGGACCGCGGGCUGCUUUUAAAAGAGCUGCUGCCUGCCUCUCCACAGAAAAGCAGCCAGAAAGGCAGAGAAAGGGAGGGAGAAGGAGAGACCUCAACGAGUGAUUGGAGAUUCAUCGGAGUGCUUUGGGCGCACAGACGGAGUUGCACAAUCAGCGCUGCAAAGGGACUCUAAAGGCAGGGAAACCAUCAGCGCUCCUUCAGCUCAGUCAUCUAACAGCUGCUGUUAGUGGAUAUUAAACACACAUCGGAAGACUUUUGUUAAUUGCUCUGGGGUUUUUUUUACGCAAAGAGACCACUUGGAAAGCUCGGAUUUUGAGGAGAGCAUCUUACUUUUGAAGACAUGCAGCGGUGCACGGCGGUGCUGCUUUUGUUAGUGGUGGCCUUAUUUUUCCUAAAUGCAGAAGGUAAACUCAAAGCCUACAAGUGCAGGUGCACCAGGAAAGGACCAAAGAUCAGAUACAUGGAUGUACAGAAGCUGGAGAUCAAACCCAAACACCCUUACUGCCAAGAGAAGAUGAUAUUUGUGACGAUGGAGAAUGUGGCUCGGUUCAAAGGUCAGGAGUAUUGUCUUCAUCCCAAACUCCAGAGCACCAAGAAUCUGGUCAAAUGGUUCCGCAUCUGGAAGGACAAACACAGGGUGUACGAAGCCUAAAACUUGCUACAAAGCACACGUGGCUUAAGUGAGACAAAACACAAGAUGACAACACCACCGGGACUGUUUCUUUGGGAAGUGCAAGGUGUAAUCUACAAUCAAACUGUACUUCUCCCUCUUUUGCCUGAAAUCUGUACAGCACAUUAAGAGAUAUCUUUAGUUUGUAUACGUAAACGCUGGUGGUUUUAGUCGGCCAUCUAUCUAGUCACAGUCACUCACCUCUCCUGUCUUUACAACUGUAGUCAUACUUGUCAAAUAGACGACCAGACGCCACCAUCUGUGUUCAGACAGUCGUUGGUUUUGUUCAGGUUUUACUUAAAGGGACUUUUGUUUCUGCAGAAACAGGCAGACUUCCCUUUGAAAAUGGAUUGUGGGUGUUUCAGCUGUUCCGAUGCCAACAUGAAACUUCUGUUAACCCAGUUUUGGAAGGGGGGAGGGGGUACAUACAUUAAGGGAAAGGCAGUGAUUGUGCAGUUACAUUUAUUUUAUCAGUUGCUAUAGUUCAGUCAUAUGUGUCAAAAAACAAGCAGCCACUCUCAGCUGUGUUCAUCUAGUAAAUUAAGAUCCAUAAUCCAGAAUACAAAUAGUUUAUUUGUACCUCCUCUACAUACAUUGCAGUCUGUGGAGAUGAUUUAAAAAGUAAGAUGUGUUUUACAAAUAGACUGUAGAAAAGAGUGGAAGUAACCAGUGUGGGGUCACUCAUUAAUGUGUGGCAUCAAGUUUGUCAUUUGCAGCUGAAACUUGGUUUUUGAAGCCAGAAGUGACUUUAUUUUGAGAAGAGAUUAAAUACACAUAACUACACCUCUAUACUGAUCUCCAGGUCCCUUUGCUACAGACUUAAACGGCUUUAUGUUGACAACAUUCUCAAAACAGGACCAUAAUUUACUAAAUAAAUUACAUGCUGUAUUGACAAAGGCUUGGAUGUGUGGAUUUAGAUCAUAAACUCAACUGAGGUAGAAUUUAAUUGAGAAGUAUGGUCGUUUCCUGAUUGAAUUCUACUGCUACACAGUUGGAUGGAGUCGCCCCCUGCUGGCCAUUUAACAGAAUGCAACCCAAAAGCACAUCUGCUUAGCAGUAACUUUACUGACUCAGAGGCAGUAUCCACCUCUUUCAUAUGGUCUGUGUUAUUCAUGGUUAAGGGAUUAUUGAAUCACAUUUUUCUUAAUAAAUAACCUGCUACGUUACUUCUUUUGGAACACAUCAUAAAGGGUGAGGCUGGUAAUAUUCUUAUUUUUGUCAAUGUUAACCAUUAUCCCAAUGAAAAGGUCCAACUCAACACUGUGUUACUCCACUUUUCAACGCAAUCUGCCCCAAGCCCUUUAACUAUUUUAAAGACGCAUACCUGUCAAACAUAUCAGAAAUAAAAAUGUUCAUCUGGUAAAAGCUUAAUAGCUUCCUGUGACAGCUAAACACUGGAAGCAUCACUAAUAUAGGGCUAAAAGGUGUGUCUAUUGGGGACUACUUAAGGCUGCAGAUAAGUACAAAUUGGUGCUUGUGGGUAUUUACCAUAGAGAUCAUGUAUAUGGUGAUAAAUAACCAUAUAUUAGUGACACUGCAUGUUCACUAGUUUUCUUUGAAAUAAUCAGGAUCCAAGCUGGAGAAGAAUAUGUUUCAUCAGGCUUUAGACACACAAAAAAUACUUAGUGGUAGGAGCAAUUUAUUGUUGGUUAUGAAAGGAUUUGUUGACAAUGAGAAAAUACAGAAUAAAGUCCCACUUAUCCUAUAAAUUAUGCUGUGGGCAGUGUUUUGAGCAAUACACUUUGGAAUGGAAAAAAAAAUACUCUUUGAAAGUUGACUAUUCUGUUGGGAACUCCAUCAUUUGACUCGUUCUUACUGCUCACAUACAAAACAAAACGUAUGAACUACAUUCAUAUUCAGAUUAAGGCUUUUCAGUUAUCUGCGUGUGAUGAUCCACGGCUCGUCCACAAUUUUGUCCUUGCAAGGGGAUACCCUGAACACCUCGGUCAUACAUGACAUUGUUACACAUGCCUACACUUUUUAACAUUUACAUUAGGGUUGUUUUUUUGUUGCCACGAAACAGGAACUAUUCAAGAAUACAUCUUCAUGCAUACAAAAAUACAACUUACCCUUUAUCUUUUGAAGAAUGUGCAUUACUCCUGUUUUAUAUCUUAUAAAUAAAUAUAUAUAAAGAAGCAUUUUUGUAAAUGAACUAGUAUAGCCUAUAUGUUAGUGAGAAUAAAUUCACCUUAAGACAAAGUAGACUUUAUAGUGUCAUGUAUAUUAUAUUACUGCAGUAUAAUUUUUCAGUUUGUUUAUUUGUUUAUUUGUUUUUCUUUUGUAUUUAAAUCUUGGUUUGGUAACAGAUAUUUGGAGAGUGAGUGUUUGGAAAUGCCCACCAGACACACACUUAAACAUUCCAUUGAGUGUAAAACUAUAAAAACAGCAAUAAAGUGUCUACAGAGCA